UUUCGGUGCACCAGAGGCGGGGCCUGGUCGACGGUGCGUGAGGAGCCAGCGCGGAGAAAAGGGACGCUACCCGGCUGGCGUAGGGCGCAGGGAGGCGAGUUUGCCGGCGGCGGAUCAUGCUGAACGGAGUACGCUGCAGGCUCGCCUCGACGCUGUGGAGGACACGAGCGCCGCCAUCCGCGGUCACUCGUAGGUGCCUCCGCGCGACAAGGUCGCUGUCCUUAGCAGAUCGGAGCGAGAGGGCGAAAGAGCCGUCCAGCACUUUCGAUCAGGCACUGCUGGAAUUCCUGGUGUGUCCUCUCUCCAAGAAGCCGCUCAGAUAUGAAGCCUCAACAAAUGAAUUGAUUAAUGAAGAAUUGGGAAUAGCCUAUCCAAUCAUUGAUGGAAUUCCUAAUAUGAUACCACAAGCAGCUAGGACGACACAGCAAAAUAAGAAACAAGAAGAAACGGAGCAACACUAACUCAUAAUUUUUUAAAAUCAAUUAAAUUUU